AUGGAUCAAAUACCGUCUUCAAAUUCCUCCAGCUCUCAAGGAUACAAUGAAAACAGUGCUCAUCCACUGAUCUCCAGAACCUAUCGAUCAAGAAGACUGAACAAACUCAGAAGCUCGAGUGCAGAUUUGGUCUCUACGGGAUCAGAAGGGUAUUCUACGUUACUUGAGCAUCGGCAGAACCCUCGUAAGAUGCGAUACGCUCCCAACGCAACAUAUACAAGUAUGAUGAGCACAGAGCAAGAACAACCUGACCAGCCUGACCAACUUGAUGGGGUUGGUGACACAUCUCAAAACGCCAGCGAAGGCAAUGUACAGGCACAGGCCGAGGAUGGGGAUGAGAUUCAUGCCAUGAUGGGACAUUCAACUUCGAACGAAUCUCUCUCUGGGUGGAGUAUGAGGACUAGAUAUCAUGGAGAUGCAGCUGGUGUCGAAUCUGACAGUGCUAACAUCAUCGAUGACACAGGUACAGCUUCGUCACAACACCAAUCGAUUACUGAUCGUGAUCGUGAUGGACAGCGAUGGAAACUCCCUAAAGAUCUCAACGAAGAGUUGGAAAUAUGGGCUAUGAGGAGAACGGGCAAAGAUAUUCGACAAGUUUAUGGUCUUGAUGCUUGUCCGGAGGAUUGUAUCUGCAAAAAUGGGAAGGCGUUCGAUGUAGUUCGUGGAUUGUGA